CUUUAUCACAAUAUUGUGGACCCAAUAAAGGAAGCAGUAGAUCUAAUUAGUGACCUCAUUGACAUGGGAAGGAAUCAUGUCUUAGAAAAGAUGAUCACAGACCUUGUACAACUUCUGAAGGAUUUACCUUCAUUGAUAAAAGAGAUGGCGGAAAACGUAUGGAAAUCGCUGCAGAAGAUAAACAAUUUUGAUGGUAACCCUCUGGCAGACCGAGUCAAAAAGUUAAUCAACCGUGUUAAAGUUUUCAUCGAUGACGUCAAAGGUGACAUAUUAGGAUUCUAUCACAGUGUGGCAGAUGCCAUCACUGUGUCCUUACCUUUUGUCGGCAAAGAAAUAAAGGAAGGGUUUGAACUCAUCGGAGAUUCCUGGAAAUUCUGGGAAAACCCCAUAGCGUCAUUUCAUGGCAUGGAGAACGCACUUCUGAAGUUUAAACUAGCUGUUAUAACUUUCGUAGAAGCAAAAGAGAGAGUAAUGGAUUCCUUAAACAUUUUUAAAGGGGGACUUCCAUACUGGUUUCACCCCAUUGAAGAAGUUAAAGGCAUGAUGAACGACGUUAUGGACAUUAUGGGUCUGAUCAAUGACGAAGUAUUCCACUACAAAACAGAUCCAGCCUCAAAUUUUUCCGUGGCCGACAUCACGGACGGACUUAUGAUGUGUGAAAACAAAAGGAUCAUCCAUGAUCUGGUAAAGGAUGCCGUUAUGCCUGUUUUAAAUCAAACACUGGAUAGAGUUAAAGAGAUUGCCAAACCUUUCUGGGACAAAGUUACAGAAGUAAUUGACCUCUUCAAGAGAAUCAAGAGUUCUUAUGACUUCGUAAGAGAGGCCAUUAACAAAGGAAAAUUCUUUAUCCAAAAAAUCUUCGGAGCCAAAUUUCACAGAAAGUUUCCAAAAACUCCCGGCCCUUGUGAUGUACCUUCAUGUGCCUGUGGUGAAUACAGGAAGAUAAGUAACGGAAUGAUGGGGAUAGAUCUGAUGAUAGACUCCAAGAGUAAAAUGGACGUACUUAAUCCUAUGACUGGUCUAGUCUCCUGGUACAGCGAUACUGAGGUUCUUAUCAUUCCUCACAGAGUAGACGUCAGCAUGUAUGAAAUUAUUGUGUCAAACCUUAAACAAGUAAGCCCAAAAAUUCCUAGAAACAGGAAGAAAAAGUUCUUCCUUGGCGGUCAUAAAAUUGGCAGGGUUGUUGAUAAUCUUGAAAAUUGCGAUUUUAACUUUAUCACUGUGUCCAUGAGAAAGAGAGUAGAGAAUUCAACAGGUUUGGCAGAGGAAAAUUAUGAAUACAUCGAUCCUUCUAAAUACAUAAAGAAGAAAAAACCAAAAUCGUUUUGGAAACCAGUGUGCAAAGAGGCAUUUUAUCAUUACAUUGGACAAGUGGCAGACGACCUUGACAUGGGAGAUGAACCCGAGGAAGACGAAACCGAGACAACAAGAGAAGUAGACAGCAAGAAAAUCAAAGGACCAAAGUUCUUGCAUCGACAUCAUGUGGGAAAGCGGUCCUUAGAAAUCAAAUAUAAGGGGAUACGUGAUAAAAGAGCUGUAGAAUGCAACGACGAAAACGAUAAAUCCUUCAAAUGCAAACUUAAGAGGUUCGGUACAAAAGUUGGAGAAAUGAGAGAAUCACUUAUACUGAAGACAAAAGGAGCCAUCAUGCCAAAUUUUGACAUUUUUGAAAUUUCCAUUUCGGAAAUCCAGUCCUUGAACAUCAAUGGGACUCUAAUGAUGCAGUUGAACAACAGUAUAAUGUCACUGAGUAAAGCAAUGAAAGAAGCGCCGAUUGAAUACCCAGACAGUCUACCUAUCCACAGAAUAAGACAUAAGCUUCGUGAAGCUGGAGCUGACUAUCAUGAUAUAGCCAGUGCAGACAGGUUAACGCUUGUGGAUAAACUUCUCACGAAGCCUUUAGAAGAGUGCCCAUCUUUCCUGGAUUCUGUUGCUUUGGAGUAUGGACACCUGUGUGAUGCCCACAGAGACUGUCUGGGGUUGACUUGUGGAGCGGUGUUUAAAGAGGGAUAUCAGAGACACCUUAUCAAGUUAACUGUUCGCUGGAAUCAAUGUAAUCAAAAGUUUGAAGUAUCAAUGGACGGAAUGAAGCGACUCACUCAUGUCUCAAUAAACGAAACAAAGGAACUUCCUUUCACACUUCAUGGCGAGACAAGUAAAGAUAUAAUUUUUCUUAUGUCUGUGACUGCUCGGAAUCUGACCAAUGGGACGACUUAUUUUUUUAACAUGUCAGGAUCAUUGUGUAACUCCGACUAUUUUUCAUGCUACGCUGACGUAUACAUACUGUCCAAUUUACAAAUGCACAACACCUCAACUGAUCACUGCAAAGGACAAGGUGACUAUGACCCAUACAUCGCAAGAAUCCGUGCAUUAAACCUACAGGACCUUAUUGAGGAAACCUCUGAGUUUGGUCUAGAUAUCCAUUCACUGUUAAUUCUGGUGAAUAAGCUGAGAGAGGAAAUAAUCAAAGAGAAUGCCAUUGAUCCUGAUGCUAUGGAGAACGCCUUUCCAGCGGCAAUGGAUCUCAAAAUGAGCAAAUUUAUGCCUCUUGGUCACAUAGAUAUUACGAUAUUUGAAAUCAGCUUUCAUUUUAUGGUUGGACCCAUUCCACUCGAAUUAUCCUUUGGAGCAGGAGCAAAUAUUGGAGCAGAUUUAGAAAUUUCAUUGGCAUUAAUGAGUUUGCAAGCCAACGGCACGGUUAUUCCUCGCAUUGGGGCAAUUGUUUGGGGUGAACUUAAUGUGGACAUUGGUAUUGCUUAUGGUGGAAUUCGACUAGAGGGACACUUAGUCCAAACAUCUUUUCCAAUAACCAUUUCACUAACAUUUUCUAAGUUCCCAAUUGCUACAGUAUUCAAACUUGAUUUGGUACUUGUGCCUCUAGAAUUGAGACUUAAAGCAUUCGCAAAAAUCAGACUUUUCUCUAUAACUGUAUUUGAUGCUUGCAUAUGGAGAUACAAAAUGAAUACAAUAAAGAAGAACUUGAUUACGAAGGAACACAAUAAAAAAGACGAUUCCCCACCAAAUAUUUCGCAUGUUUCUCAAAAUUCGAGACGCAAGAGAAGUGGUGAAGGUGGUUGUGACAUAACUCAGUUUAAAAACAGAGAUCCUACUGAUCCGGCUUUUCUUCUGGAAGUAAGUGCUGAUGACGAGGUUAGUGACGUCACCCUCACGUAUGCAAUCGGGACACACAGAGGUGGAUCUAACGUUGUUAAUUGGACGGGAAUGAAAGGUUCCUCUUUGACAGCACCUGUUACUUUACCAAAUGGUAUUCCUCUGUAUUGGACAGUGAAAGCUCAAAACAGCAAUGGAGGCACUGCGGUUGUCGAGUGCUCUUUAAAUACUUAUGAUAACACCAUACCUGAUGGACGAAUCGAAGCUUCAUACCCAUUUACCAGUCAUCCAAACCUACUUUCAGGAACAGUAAUUGUCUUCGAUGAUUCCAAACUCAUUGAAACACAUUCACAUAGUGUUGGGUUUUCUCAUGGGGAGUUAGGAAAUGAAGUUGUAGACUGGGAUCUUCUUCUCCUUCAGUCCACCCAUAAAAGAGAAGGAUCAAAUGACAGACAUCUUCAAUAUUUCACUGUUCCAAGGGAAGGAAAAUUAACUUCAAUGUUUAUGAGAAGAACAAAAGUUAAUUCUGCCGAUGAAUGCGCUGAAAACUGUCUCAACUAUGGAGACAAAUGCAUUUCGUUUGAUUUUGAAUUUCAUACUGAAACUUGUGACCUCCAAUCUGUUAUUGAGGGACCAAAUGCUGAACUAAGAAUAAGUGGAACGUACAAGAACUACGAACGAUUAGGACUGGGCUAUGAUGCAUUUGUGUCGUACAACAUAUCCCUUCAACACGGGGUGAUAUACUUCAUUAACGCAGACGUAACAAAUGACUUAGGAUACAAAGCAUUCAUUACAUCUAGGGGGACUAUGGUUGACUACACUCCACCUGAGCCGGUCAAUGUUGGAAAUGCCACAAAAGACUACGUGAAAGCCGAUGCUUGUAAUGCUGCAAUAACACAAAGAUGUGUUGAUGUUACCACAAAUCCUAACCACAGGCAUAUCAUAGACGGCCCAAACGCAAGUACUGUAUUUAAUGGACACGAAUCUUUGAAGGAGACGUUAUAUACUAUCACCAACCAUUUUGUUUCAGCUAAUUUUGACAGUUUUGUGGAUAAAGAGAGUGGGAUUUUCGGUUACACGUGGGCAGUAGGUAGACAUAUUUGUGGAACUGACAUUUCUCCUUUUGCUGACCCCCAUGCUCACUUAUCAAGUCCAAAGUUUUGGACUAAUACCGGUUACGCUAGAGACGUACACCUGUCUGAUGGUCAGUAUUAUGUCACUGUGCAGUCACUGAACAAUGUUGUGCAUGGCGGAUCUCUUGUCACAACGGUUUGUCAUUCUGUUCCAUUAACCGUCGAUACUUCACCUCCAGAAUUUAAAGGCUUGACAGAUAUUAUAUUUGAUGAGGAUUUUAACUUGAUGGCCAUCUAUUUUGGUGCGGAAGAUCAAUUAUCAAAGAUUGCAAGAGUAGACUUUGGACUGGGAAAAACAAAGCAUGACGUGGAAGUACGAGGAUAUUCGAAAUUUGACUACAAGCAGACGGAAAAUCCAUACAUUGUCAUUAAAGACCUGAAUUUAACUGAUGGGGAACCGGCUUGGAUUCGCCUACGUGCUGUAAACAACGUUGAACUUUUUACCGCCGGUCACAGUGAUGACCCCAUCUUAAUUGAUAGAACGAAACCAUAUCCAGGUAAAGUUUUGGAUGGCUCCACCCUUGAUGAGGAUGAAGCAUACCAAUCAAAGACUAAUGAGAUAUGUGCAAGUUGGAAGGGAUUCUAUGACCCUGAAUCAGGAAUCAGUCAAUACACCUGGGGAGUUGGAACUGAAGCUGGAAAAGAUGACAUCGUCAAUUUCAUUGUUUUGUCUCGUGAUGUCAAAGAAAAAUGUUCCCAAGCCAAUUUGACCCAUAACAAAAAAUACUAUAGCACAGUUGUGGCCAAAAAUAGUGCACUCAAUCCAAAGACUAUAAAAUCCUCAUCUGAUGGAGUUUUGAUAGAUACAACAUCACCAGUCACAGGAUACGUAAAGGAUGGCGAUAACCCGGCAGAAGAUAUCGAGUUUUCGUCAGAAACUGCAGAGCUUGCCGUUAACUUUGGGGGGUUCAGAGAUCCAGAGAGUAGUAUUGCUGCGUAUGCUAUUCAUGUGUUUGUCAACGGCGAGAAAAGACGAUCAUUUCAAGCAGGACUUUCCACAACAUUUAAAGACUUCUCGAUGUCCUUUCAACAAGGCGAUCAUGUUAUUUCCCAAGUCACUGCUAGAAACAAGGCUGGAUUGGAAUCAUCGGUUAUAUCCUCAGGCUUCGUAGUAGACCUUUCCCCUCCUGUCAUUAAGUUUAUUUACUCGUCUAAAGAAGGGAGAAAGUACCAAACUGAUAAUUCUAGUUUAUCUCUUUCUUGGUUGUUUAUCGAUCCUGAAUCUGGUAUGAAACUGUAUAGGUAUAGAAUUUAUGAUUUUUAUCAAGGAACGAAAACACCUAAAACGAAAGAAUUUGCAACAAAUAUGACAUCUGUGAAACUGCCUCUGCAGAUGGCAGAAGGCCAUAGUUAUUCUGUAAAGGUAAUCGCAAUAAAUAAUGCAGAUAUGCCAAUCUCCCAGGAAUCUGAAGGUGUAAUGAUAGACACAUCACCACCGAAAAUACGAGAGGUCCACGUUGGUUUAAUAAACGUGCCAGAAGAUACCUUUGAUAAUGGCACGGUCAUGCAUGCGGAUGAAAAGCGAAUUACUCUCAGUUUUCGAGCACUAGAUGCUGAAAGUGGUGUUUCCAAGAUUUUUGUUGCAAUUCUUUCAGAAGGAAGACAAGCGAGUCCCAAUGAUUAUCGUUCCUAUGCAUUCUCCCACACAAUAGAUAUUGAAAAUUUAAAAUUAAUACCCUCCAACGUGUACCGAAUUUUUGUUAUUGUUGAGAAUGGCGCUGGCAUAAAUUCGACAAUAAAUAAAGAGAAAACAAUCUACAUCAUGAAGAAGAAUAUUCCCGGAACAGUUUUUGAUGGAAGACAACUUUUAGUGGAUGAGGACUUCACGGAAGACAGGACAUCUUUAGCGAUGUCUUUUGUCGGUUUUAAAAGCGAAAGUUGUAACAUUGUGAAGUAUGAGUGGGCUAUAGGUUAUCAACCUUUUGUAUACGAUGUUCUACCGUUCACUGAUUACGGUAUUGUCAUGCAUAAUGAAAGUUUUGGUCAAGGCCAAAUGCACCUUCGUUUAUACGAAGAUUCUACAUAUUAUAUUACCGUUCGGGCUAGAACAGGUUAUAAUUGCAAAGUUGGACAAUAUAUCGUUUCAACUUCUGACGGAAUAAAAUUGGACACAAUACCUCCAGAAAUAAAGAUAAUCGAGUUUGGAGAAAAAAUCAUUGAUUCCGAUCUGAAAGGAGAAACUCUUUAUCUAGAUCGAACUGAUGCAGCGUCAGUCCGUUGGAAUUCUUCAGACUCCUCGGGUAUAGCAGAAACAUGGUGGUCUAUCGGAACGCUGCCUGGAAAAGAUGAUCUUCACCAAAGAACUUUCACAAGAAUAAAUUUCAUUCCGGCUGGAGCAGCAUCUUUCACAAACGGUCAAACUUUCUAUCUUAACAUUGGCGCUACAGACAAUGCCAGGAACAAAAAAAUUGUUACUUCACCAGCUAUCACUAUUGACAUUACGGCUCCAGUCAUCACGGAUUACCAUUGCACCCCGUUUAUAUCAGAUAGAAGAUCUCUAGUGGAAUGCCAAUGGGGAAUGGUACAAGAUCAAGAAAGUAUGAUCACAAAAGUAUUUGUUGGUGUAGGAACGAAUGAAACGGUCCCUGAUAUUUCUGAAUUUCAUGAAAUUCCAAUGCUGAAGAGAAACUGGAUUCGAGAUAUGCACACCAAACUUAAAAACAAUUUAGUUUCUAAAAUUUAUAUAAUUAUAAAGGUAAUCAAUGGGGUUGGUUUAAUUUCUGUUAAACCUUAUGAAAUAAGUGUAGACAGAACACCACCCGAGAAAGGCCGAGUUGAAAUUAUCACUUCACUUGACCUGGACCAGCCGCCAAACAGACAGUUAUGCCAGAUCCCUCAAACAUUUAUCGAAGUAAGGACUUUUGGUUGGAUUGAUAAGGAAUCGGAACUACUGAGGUAUGAGGUUGCCGUUGGAACGAAUGGCAAAACGACAAACAUAAAAGAUUUUAUAACCCUUGAAAAUCCAGAGAAAUUUUUGAUCAACGGUAUUUUUAUGCCUGAAGGAAGUAAAGUCUACGCCACCGUUCGAACCUUCAACAAAGCUGGAUUAUAUGGUCAAAUGAGAUCAGAUCCAGUUGUGAUAAGUUCACAGCCUUCUCUAAUGGUUAUCGAUGGGCCUUCAGAUGAAGAUAUUGAUUUCCAGUCAUCGUUGGGUAUUCUUCAAGGACGAUGGAUAUAUUCUGAUCCAUGUAAUAUCAUCAGUGCUGAAUGGUCAGUAGAAAUGUUAGAUGGUUCAAUUUUUAAAUCGCCAUCUUUAAUCCCAAAAGGUUUGACUCAUUUCUAUUCUGAUUUAGUGACUCUUCAGAAUGGAAUAACAUAUAUUAACGUCAUCAAAACAACUGAUGCUUUAAAUAGAACGAGAAUCAGUAGAUCGAAUGGGGUGGCGGUUAAAAUACAGCCACCUAUUCCUGGCGAUGUUCGUGAUGGUAUUCAGGAGGAUCUAAACUACCAAGAGUCAGUAACAUCUUUAAGUGCUAACUGGGAUGCAUUUGGCAAAAGUUUGAACUCCAGAGACCCGACCCAGCAAAUUGUAUAUUACGAAGUGGCCAUUGGAAACGACAGGCGUUUUCCAAAUACGAGAACGAACGUUCAUUAUUUUGAAAACGUAGGCCUUAACACUACAUAUACAUUUACUGGGCUAAACCUUACCGCCAAAAUUGUCAAAUACUAUAUCACUGUACGAGCAAUGAGUCGUGCUGGGAGUACACAGGAAAGUUAUUCUAAUGGAAUCCGUGUAGGGUAUAGAAACGAAAUAAUUCCUGGGGAAAUCGAGUCUUCAAAUAUACAGUCCUCUACUUCCGAUCUUGCUGUUUCUUGGACUGGAUUCCAGGCUGACAUGGGUAUAGACUAUUUCCGCAUUGGAUUAAGUUCAUUUUCCCCCAGUCUACCUAACGGAACUCUAAAUUGUGUAGAAUUUAAUAGCAUUUUACCAGAACUUGAUCAAGUACCAGUUUUUAAGGUCGAGAGAGAUACUUUUUUCCAAUUUAAGAAUCUGCAUUUAAAACAUAAUCACAACUAUUUUGUUACUGUUGUGGCAACGGAUGUUACUGGGCGUUGCAUCGGCGUGCAUGGUGAUCCUAUUCUUAUAGACACCACUCCUCCAAAGCCGGGAGGUAUUUUUGUUGAAGGUAGCGAGGGUGAUAAUGUUCUUUACUCAACAGAACCUGAUCACUUUUUACUUGAAUGGGAUCCUUUCCAAGAUAAGGAAAGCAAAGUUAAAUUAUACGAAAUAUCAAUCUUCAGCACAAUGGCUUGCUCUGAUAAAGAUGCAAAAAAUGCGGAAACAUCUGAUUUUUAUACUCUUGUGAAAGAGGAUCGCGUUGAAAAUGAUAAUAAAAUUGUUUUCUAUGACUUAAAACUUGAACCAGGAGUUUCCUACAUUGGACGAGUAAAAGCUUGGAAUGAAGCAGGCUUGGAAGCAAACAUUGUUUCAAAACAUAUUCGAUUUGAUUUCUCAUCUCCUAUGCCAGGAGCAGUGAAAAGAGGAAAUAGUUGGUUCAAAGAACUUUCAUUCCAACCAUUCACUAGUCACGUGGACGGACUGUUUGGUAUAUCAAAUCCUUCAAACAAUGCUCCCUUUAGAUGUGAAUCUCAGGAAGUUUUGGUUCCUUUUGCAGAUAAAAAGAAAUCAUAUUCUAUUUUAGAUGAUCAAUUUUCUCCCAAGUGUAUUGAAACAGAUGGAAACAAAAUAAGUUUGUUAAUUCGUCACGAUGAUAAUUUGAGAAGCGUUAUCAAGGGAGGAAUUUUAGUGGAAAAUAAAGAUUUACGAAAUGGCAAUUACACUGUUAACAUUAAAUCUGUGUUGGGCCUUAAUAUGGUCUCUACAAUAUUCUUUGGAUCGGACAAAGAUUCAGUUGUAUCCAACUUUGAAUAUACACCAGAAAAGAGAGUUAACUCAUCUUUUAAAGAAUGGAAUGAUAAAUCUGAUUACCGGAGUAAAAAUAUAACGAAUUCUGUUGAUAACGAAAACCUAACCAUGACAACAGAAAGUACCCACAUUAGCAAGUCAUGGACAACACAAGACUCUCUCAAACAAGAGGACCCUGAAAAUAAUGAAAAUGCGAUGAACAAGUCUAAAAGAAAUUCCAUGAGUAUUGGAAAGGAAGGAGAAUACAGCUUCGGCGUCCACCUUCCUGGUUAUCAGUUUGAUGAUAACUGGGUCGCUUUCUUUUGGAUAAAGGACAAAUAUAGAUCUGAGGUAAAGCAAGUUGUUCUCGAAUAUAACCCUACUUCAUCAGGGACAGAAUUUUCUUUCAGCACAGCAAAAAAUGAACUGGCUACACACACAACAUGGGGAUUGCGAUUUUUCAUUAAUGGUGUAUUGAAGGGGGAAUACAGUGGUUUGAGACUUUCAAGUGAAGGGAUAAUGGGCAUUUACAAUUGGAAUAAGGAUAACUACUUUCCACCAAUUUCAGACCCCGACUUUCCUGUUGCCUACAAAUCAGUUGCUGUUAUUUCUGACCUUAAAAUACCUUUACCAAUGGAAAAACCGUGUAUGCACGGCUUACCCUUUUCAGACACCGAGAGUGGAAUAAAAGAGAUUUUUGUUGGUCUGUCGGAUACCAAGAGCACCAAUAACACUGCAUCAAUUUCUCCGUUCACCAGAUUUAAAACUUUUUGUAAACCCUGUAAAUCCGAUUGUAACAUUGAUUGUGAUUCUUUAUGUAAAACUCAUCAAGCAGAUUUUAAUAUUUUGCCUUUUACCAUAAAUAAUGUAAAUCUGCAAUAUGCAACAAUCGAUAAAACAGAUAUCAAAGCCAAUGGAUCCAGCUUCCAUGCUCCGACCUAUUACAUUAAUGUGAAAGCGAUUAAUUAUGCAGGACUGGAAACCGUUGUUUCUUCCGAUGCUGUUAUGGUGGACAUUUCUCCACCUGUUCUUGAUUUUGUUCGUUGCCUUGAUCCUUCAGACUCCAUGGACGCUCCUUCACUUUUCCAGGGGACAAAUAAAAGUAUCGCUGCGUACUGGGAUGGCUCUGAAGACGUUGGGGAUAUCGUAGCGUAUAAUAUUUCCAUCGGAACAACUCCAGGUGGAGAAGACAUAUACAAUAAAACAGGAGUUGGUUUGGCUACGAAGAUAAAAAUUGAUGACCUAGAUGGUAAACUUCUUCACGAUCAUACUUACUUCAUCACAAUAACAGCGAUUAACUCUGCCGAUUUAACGGCAACGAAAACGUGUAACAUCACGGUAGAAACCAAAGCCCCUGAUAUCAGUGGCCUGAAGGUUAAACUUCUGUUUGGUAAAUCAAGAAGUCAAGGUCGCUUCACAACUGAAAAUAGUAGAGAACUUGGAAUAACAUGGACAGGUGGAAAGGCUGAUGUGGAAUUUUAUGAGUGGCAAGUUGGAUCUGUGCCAAGGGGAGAUGACAUAUUUCCACGGGUGAAGAUAGGAUUAAAAAAUUCCAAGAAAGCUGCUAUUGAGAACGGGGAGCUGCGAAUUGAUGACAAAUCAUUAAAUGCAACUGUUGGCGAAUACGCAAAACGGAAUUGGACAGAAGAAACACUUAAAGAAGCCAAAGCAAACACUUUCUUCAAUAUGGAGCCAGGGCUUUGUCUCUAUAUUACGUUGUUUGCUGUAGGGAGGUCUCACUUAUCAAGUUCCAGACAAAUUGAGCCAUUCUGUAUAAAACGCAACGAAGACAAAGAAUUUACAGUACAUAAAAGACGCAGAACUUCGAAUCAAAUUCAUGUUGGAAGAAAUCUUGAAAUCAACCCAAAUGGCGGUGUUCUGAGUGGGAUUCUAACAGAGAAGGACUACACAGAGGAGUACGGGUCUGCUGCCUCCGGAAGUUACAUAAGAUACAUUGUGAACCCAACAGAAAGAUUUUCUGAUACCUCUCGAUUUCUGAGGAACAGAAUCCUUUCGAACACAGGACCUUCUUUUUAUAUCACACCCACAGAGGAAUUGGUGGAUGUCAUCACAAAAAUUGCCGUAAACUCCUCCGAUUUUGAUAUAAAUAUGAACAUUCCAGCUCUUGUGUAUUGGGAUAGAGAAAUACAGAAAUGGGUCUCCGUUGAGGAAAUGUGCAAGGGUUCAAACAUCCCUACAAAUAUUCUUGAUACAUUGGUCUGCUCUAAAGUAUUCCAAACAGAUCUUAGAAGAAACAAAAGAAGUACAGGCAAUAAAACAUUGGAAAGCCAUCCUCGAAUGUUUACAGUAAUGAAAAUCAAAAGAGAUGCACAAAAUAACAAACCGAUCAUUACCACAAACGGUCCUCUGCACUACCUGGAAGAUAAUACAACUACUGCUAAGGUUCUAAUAGAAUCCUAUGAUAUUGAGAAUGACAGUUUGCAUUAUUCUAUAGAAGAAAACUCUAGAAAUGGUCAAGCUAAUAUAUCAUUAGACGGUUGGUUUAUUUAUGUUCCAAACGAGGAUUUCAGUGGAAAUGACUCUGUAAAGAUAUGCGUAACCGAAGUAAAUGUAUCGUCACCGUUUGUAGCAACAAAAUCCUGCAAGGUCUUUGACAUUGAAAUCGAUCCUACAAAUGAUGAUCCCACAAUAGAAUUCCAUCCUCAUUUUCCACUAAAUUCUAGUGGAGAUACGCAUACAAUUGUUUUUGAGGGAAAUAUCACAAGAGAUAAUAUAUAUGGAAUUAUCUCGGCCGAUGACGUUGAUAAAAACAAUAAUUUAACAAUCAGGCUGAUAAACGAUUCCGCAAGCCAACUUUCUUCAUUCAAGCUGACAAAAUCUGGGACUAACCGCAUUCAAAGUUCUCACUCAAGUUCUCAUGUUGAAAUGUAUCUAAGUCACCAUCUGAGUAAAGAAUUUAGUGGCCUCAGUGAAGUUGGAAUCAGAGCCCAUGACGACCAGCUUGACUCUCGAAAUCUGUAUGGCUACAGUAAAGAGAUAACUAUCCAAGUUUUUGUUUUGAAAAAUCCUUGUGUUCACGGUAAAUGCAUAAACUUAACAGAAACGUCUUGCACUGAUUCAUCACGUGCAUAUAGUUUCCAUAAUUUUGCCUGCGAUUGUAGCCUUGGUUACGAUGGACAAUGGUGUGAAACUGACAUUAAUGAAUGUCACCCAAACCCCUGUUCGGUCUUUUACGACUGUGAAAACUUAAUUGGUCGGUAUGAAUGUGUCUUGAAUGGUCCUAAAACCUUUGGACUAGCGAUAGGAUUCCUCUUCAUCAUUGGUUUCCCCGUCCUGUUAUUCUGGAGACAUGUGAAAAAGCGUCGACCCAGUAGCAAAGUCUCUGACAGUAUGUUUCUCCCACCAUCAAAUAGAAGACUUGCACGAAGAGGCAGAUACAAUCCAAAGCUUUUAGCUCCUAAAAGCGAUAUACCAACAACGUCAAGUGAUGAAACCUGGAGGAAAUCCUUCCCCUUUGAGAGCGAAGAACAGAGGAUGUCAGCCAUGAAUUCUUUAGCAGAACACAAUGCCAAUAUAAGAAAGAACGACACAACAUCGAUGUCUGAAACUGCAUUCAAAAAGUGGGCAAUGCCUCGGAAAAAGAUAUUUACUGGCAGACAACUUAUUAAACGUGAUGGAAUUUCUUCGACCGAAUCUGGAAUUCCCGAGCCACCACAAAGAGUUGCAACUCCGAGCGGCAUUACUGGGAUGUUUUCAGUCGAAUAAUUGUAAUCGACAUGAAAAAAAACUCUUAUUUUUUACCUUUUCUCUUUCAAUUCAGAACAACGUGACUUCUUGUUUGCUGUUUUGAACUUAGUUUAGAAUCUUUAUUAAAGCAUCAUUAAAA